UUGACCCAGUUCUCUGGCUUAUCCUUCACGCCAUUCUCUCUAAAUCUCUCUAAAUCUUUUUCUCUCUCUCGGUCGCCUCCUCCCCCUUACGCCGAUCGUCCUUUCCUCCGUCGAGUCUUUUUCUCUCUCUCUCUGUCUCUCCACGGGUACGAUUUUAUUCUCUGAUUCUAGUUCUGGUCGAUGUUGAUUUUGUGAUUCCUCUCUGAUUUUUUCCGAUCUAGUCGUCGUUGUCGUUUACCUUUUUUUCAAUUCCUGAAAUGGGUUUCUCUGUCUCUUUUGAUUCUGUUCGUGUAAUCAGUUUUUAGGGCGUUUACAUCGUCUAAGCUUAGAUCCCUGAAAAAUUCUGUCUUUAUGAUGAUUUGAUACUUUAAGAGUUGAUGAGUUGCCUCCUUUGUGUAUUUGUCUUGGUUGGGGUGUAGUUGAAAUCUUCUUCUUCUUUUUUUUGUUUUUGGUGUCAAUGUCUCAAUAACAGGCUUUACGUUGUACACCAGAUGUCUGUUGAUCUCUGCAAGAAGGAUCCAUCUUUUCUUUGGUGUGACUGUGGUUAUAUGAGCAGGGGGAGGUUGUGGUGUUUUCAGAUAAUCUUGUUUAGGCACUGGACUUGACCUUCGUCACCUCUUCUUCUCUCUCUCUCUUCUUUAUUUUCUCUAUUUCUUCUUGGCUUCUUUGGAUUUUUUUCUGUCUAGUUUGAUUACAAAUCACUCGCUUGUGUUCGUACUGUUUACUUUGAACUUGAAGACUUAAGCUUUUCUGUGCAAGCCUCUCACUUUUACUGGUGAGGAGUUUACAGAAGAUUGUGCAAAGUUUUCCCCUUUGGAUUCGCCAAUGGGGAAAACUAAGUUGGCUCCUGGAUUUCGUUUCCACCCGACUGAUGUUGAACUCGUGAGAUAUUACUUGAAGAGGAAAAUACUUGGGAAGAAGCUCAUUGUUGAUGCUAUUGCUGAUGUUGACAUUUACAAGUUUGAACCCCCUGAUUUACCUGAUAUGUCUUAUAUCAAAGGUGGGGAUCUUAAGUGGCACUUCUUCUGCCCGAGGGAAAAGAAGUAUGCUAGCGGGGUUAGGGCAAACCGUGCAACUGACUGUGGUUACUGGAAGACCACUGGGAAGGAGAGACCUGUUCUGUGCAAUUCUGAAGUUGUGGGGAAAAUUAAAACUCUGGUUUAUCACUUUGGAAAGUCGCCUCGCGGGGAGCGCACUGAUUGGGUUAUGCAUGAAUACAGGCUUGAAGACAAGGCACUGACGCAGAUGAAUGUUCCUCAGGAUACUUAUGUGGUGUGCGUUCUGUUUAAAAAAGAUGGACCAGGACCUAGAAAUGGUGCCCAAUAUGGAGCUCCAUUUAGAGAAGAGGACUGGAGCGAUGAGGAAGAACGUACUGAUGUUCCUACGACGAGCAAUGCCACAAUCUUUCAUGAGCCUAGCAAAGAAACCAGUCUGGCUGUGACUGUCGCAGAUGACCCCAACAAGGAUUGCUUCGGUGGCAUGAUAUCAGAAUCGUGUGUCUCCGAUUUCCUACCAACUACAACUAAUACCACCAGCAAACUUCCAGAUCCAAGUGAUGCAGCUAACGCUACUAUGUCUGUUACACCUCUGGCAGAGACCUUACAGACCCCCGACAACAACAAUGAUGACUUAUAUGCAAUGUUGGAUCUAUUUGAUGAUGACGAAGAAUUCUUGGGGUUCCCCAAUGAGGCAAUACAUGACCCCGGUGUCUCAGCUCCGGUUUCCUUAGAAGGCAUUUUCAACGGAUUACCAGACCUGGGCGAUAUGCAAAACAACAUGCCAAGGACGUCCACGUACGACCUAAUUGAAAACUCGGAGUUAUACUUAGAGCUACAAGAUCUCACUGCUCCAUUACUACCUCCUCUGACUGCUCCAUUAAAUCCACAAACUGGGAAUGUCAAUGACUCGAGAAGCUCCUAUCUGUAUAAUCAAGGCCACUUUGACUUCUCUGCUGCUAAUGAUGAUGAUCCUUAUGGCUUUUCUGCUAACAUGAGACAUGGACCAGACUCUGGAAAAAGAUGAAAACUUCUUCUGCCCCAGGUCGGUCUGCUUCAACAAAUCAACAGAUGCUCAUCAGAGAGAAGAAAAGAAGCACCCACCACCUUUGUUUAUUCAAUUUCUGGACUUUUCUUGUCUUUGAAUUAGUAAACCUCUCAAUCUGUCGACAUUUCUCUAUGUCUUCCUUCGCUUGCCGUAUUUAUUAACAUUUUCAACAUUUUUUGCAACUUGCUUCUUUUGUUA